UCAGCCCGUGGAAAUUUCAAUCCAUCGUCAACCAGACCCGACCAUCCACGCAGAAAUCCGUCAAGAUGGUUAACCUGAGGACCCAGAAGCGGCUCGCGUCCUCCGUCUUGGGCGUCGGCCAGCGCAAGAUCUGGCUCGACCCCAAUGAGGUCUCCGAGAUCAGCAACGCCAACUCUCGCCAGACGAUCCGCAAGCUCGUUGCCGAUGGCCUCAUCAUCAAGAAGCCCGUCACCAUGCACUCGCGCUCCCGUGCGCGUGAGCUCAACCUUGCCCGCCGCAUUGGCCGUCACCGCGGCUUCGGUAAGCGCAAGGGUACCGCCGAUGCCCGUAUGCCCGAGCAGGUUCUGUGGAUGCGCCGCCAACGGGUCCUCCGUCGUCUGCUCGUCAAGUACCGUGCUUCCGGCAAGAUCGACAAGCACCUCUACCACGAGCUUUACCACCUCGCCAAGGGUAACACCUUCAAGCACAAGCGUGCCCUCGUUGAGCACAUUCACCGUGCCAAGGCCGAGAAGGCUCGCGAGAAGGCCAUCAAGGAGGAGAUGGACGCCAAGCGUGCCCGCACCAAGGCCGCUCGCGAGCGCAAGCUCGAGCGCCAGGCUGCCAAGCGCAACGCUCUCGCCGGCGAGGAGGAGGAGUCCAAGUAGAUUACUGGGAUGAUGACGUGAAUGGAAGAAGACGGACAUAUUGGCGGCCUUGCAUUCGGAGUAAUCGGUUGGGCUUCUUUUUCUGGUCGCAAUUCUCUCUACAUCUCCAAAAUCUACGCGUGGAAAUCCGCUUCUGGUCGUCCGGUUUUCCCUAGUUGAUGGUGCUUUCACUUCUGUGGGAGGUAUUGUUGGUGAUACCACACGGGCGACAGCAAAGGAUGGUGUUGUGGGCGUUUUGCAUGUCGUCUGGCGCAUGGCGACAAGAAAUGUCAGUCAAAGAACCACGAUCUAGCUGCGUUUCCGAGCAGAGAUAUUCAUCAGGCUCUUGAUCGCCGCGCGCUCAUGGGACAAGAGGCCGAAAGGGACGGGAUGCAAGGAGACAAUGCGAUUACGUCGUUGUUGAGCACAAAGCUGCUGUUCUUUUCAGAUUGCUUUCAUGUACCGCAGUGCGUGCUUGACUCCAUUUGUAUGAUACCAUUUUCCAGUUCACGCCUUCUCCAUGGAACCUCGACUCGUGAU